CAGCAGUCUGAGCUGUGCGGGCGCAGAGGGAGAAAAGUCGCAGCGGCCGCACUGUGCGCACUUGCCCGGGACUGUCCUCCAUCCGCACGGUGUGAACUGUGGACUGUUCUCUAUGGAUUAUAGUUGUGUCACUUUACUCUCCAAGUUGUGAUCCCACUCCGGGUGAGAGAUGGAAAGUGAGGAGGAAUGGAAGAUCUCCGUCUGGCUCUGCGAGGAGGAGAAGCUGGUCUCCGGACUCACCAGGCGCACAACCUGCGCAGAUGUGGUCAGGGUCCUCCUGGAGGACCACAACCAGUCAGCGGAGGGCUCCAUGAUGCUGGGACCACCCCAGGCUUACUGCAUUGUGGAGAAGUGGAGGGGCUUCGAGAGGAUCCUACCUAACAAAACCAAGAUCCUGAGGUUGUGGACAGCAUGGGGUGAGGAGCAGGAGAAUGUCAGGUUUGUCCUGGUCAGGAAUGAGGCUUCUCUGCCCAACAUUGGUCCCAGGAGUGCUGAAGCCAAGGUGGUCCUCAGCAGGGAGAGCCCAUGUCCCUUUAAAGGGGCCACCAAAGCCAGCAUGGCCCUUACCCAAGAGAAACAGCGCAGGGUGGUGAGGAAAGCCUUCAGAAAGUUGGCCAAGAUGAACAAGAAGAGGCAAGAGACUUUAUCCAGGGAUUCCAAUGCGGUGGAGAAGAUGGAAACUCUGGUCCAUCUAGUUCUGUCCCAGGAUCACACCAUCCGACAGCAAGUGCAGAGGAUCAAGGACUUGGACAGGGACAUAGAGAGGUAUGAGGCCAAAAUCCACUUUGACCGGAUGAGAAGACAUGGUGUGAAUUAUGUCCAGGACACCUAUUUGGUCGGAAUGGUCCCGGAUAGGGCUUUGGACAGCAACGCAGAAGACAACGGGUGUGAAGAAGAACUUUUUGUGGACUUUGAGGACUAUGCAUGUAAAUGUGAGGGGAUCUUAUUGCUGCAAGAUCAAAUAAGCCAACAGGAGGAUCUGAUUGAGCAGAUCACCAGCCAGAUCCAAGAGGAACUCAAUCAAAGGUGGAUGGACAGGCGUCAGGAGGAGCUGUCCUCCAAGGACCAAGACCCCACCGCCAUCACCACCGCCACUGCAGAUGGGGCGGAAUGUGAAAACGAAUUGCUGCUUGAGCAAGAAAGGGUUAAAACGGAGCUCAGUGCCAGUCUCUACAUAGGACUGAGGUUGAACACAGACUUGGAGGCUAUCAAGGCCGAUUUGGAUUACUCCCAAGAAGUAUGGAAUGAGAAGGAGAGAGAACUACAAAGUCUCCUAGACAGCCUGGGUGCCUUGGAACUGUGUGAGGAGCAGGAGACCUGUGAGGAGCUGAGGCCUGACCCCUCACAGGUGGUAGAGAGGACAUGUGCUGAGGGCCCAGGGGUUUGGGUGGCAAAGAACAUGGACCGGUGUACCAAUUGUGAGGGGAACGAUGAGGAUUCGGACACAGGAUUAAGCUCCAUGCACAGCCAGGACUCUGACUCCACACCUGUCUGUGAGUCCUUGGUAUAGCUGACACUGGGGGGAUCCAAAGACACCCACUGAGGGGGCCCAUGCUCUUUAUCAACAGAUUCUUAUCUGAAACUUUCCAGUAUUUAUCACCUUUCUAUUUGCACAUCAGAGGCCAAACACAUCCCCUAUAGACCCCCUGGAGCUCUCCGGCUGGAUUGUAUUAUUAUGUCCAUUGUUAAAUAAAAAAAAAGGCCCCGCACUAUCUUUGUUGCACAAGCCACCCAAAUAUUUAAGGCCAACUCUUGACAGGCCCGGAAUUAAAACUGGGGUUUUCUCUGUAAAGUUAUUAUUUUUUAAAUAAAUAUUUGCAGAUUCUUAGUUCUGUGCAUGUCCUAUUCAUUCUCAUGUAUUAGGGGAAGGGACAGACAGUGAGCACUAAACAUCAUGGGUACAUAAAUUGCAUUUAUGGAGCAUUUAUCACUUUUGCACUUAACGUAACGUAGUUCAUAAGGCUGAAAAAAAAGACCAGAGCCCAUCAAGUUCAACCUAUAACCCUAAUGAGUCCCUACUGAGUUGAUCCAGAGGAGGCAAAAAACCCUCAUACAAGAGGUAAAAAUUCCUUCCCGACUCCAAAUAUCAGAACAAAUCCCUGGAUCAACGUUCUGUCCCUAUAAAUCUAGAAUCCAUAGUCUGUAAUGUUAUUAUUCUCCAAAAAUGCAUCAGACCCCUUUUAUAUUCUUUUACAGAGUUCACCAUGACACCUCCUCCGGGAGAGAAUUCCAUAGUUUCACUGCUCUUACAGUAAAGAACCCCCGUCUGUGCUGGUGUAGAAACCUUCUUUCCUCUAAACGUAGAGAAUGUCCCCUUGUUGUAGAUUACGUGUUGUAAUUCACUAAAGGCCAAUGCCCCAAUGGUGAUUUUUGUGGUUUGCAGACUCUGUAGCACAGCAGCCAAGGUAAAGAACACAUCCUCUUUAUUCCUUUAGUUACAUGUCCUGUUAGUCUCCAAGUUACAAGCUGUGUUUGUUCCAGUUAAGGAUCUUGGUUUCUUACUAUGCCGGAGCCAAGGUUUAUAUCCCUGCCCUGAAUAUUAUAUUGUAGUUACAGUGUAGCAACAGACUACUUACAUCUGAAUAUUUCUCAUUGUGUUGCAAUGGACAAAGUGCCCCUGAUUGCUGUAAUGUACAACUUACUUAAAGGGGUAUUCCAGGCCAAAAC